GGUAACAUAACCAAACAUUUCAAACAGCUGCUUUCUACUUUCGGUCUGACUGUUUUGAGUUUGUUGGGCUAUGUUUGUUGUCUUGAAUCUGUAAUUUAUUUUAAAAUAAUAUAAUUACGUGUAUAUUAAUCAAUAGUGAAUUUGAAAUAUGAAAUCUUUGUGCUGUUAAUCUUUUCACGCUUCCAAAUAACUGCAAAAUGCCAUUGUACGAAACAAAUUACGCUGAAAAGCAUGCUGUUGUUCUUGAUUUAGGAAUCAGAUACACAAAAUUUGGAUUCGCUGGUGAGGAUUCUCCACGUUGUAUUAUACCGACAGAAAUACCAGAUCCUGAAACUCGACAAGUGCGUUCUAUUUACAGCUACAAAGAUGAAACCGAUCUGUACUCUCUACUCGUCGAAUUCAUCCAUAUGCUACAUUUCAAGCACAUCCUUGUCAGUCCAAAGGACAGAAGAGUUCUGAUUCUAGAAUCGCUUCUCUGCCCAACUGUUUUCAGAGAUGUACUUGCCAAAGUGCUUUUUCGUCAUUUCGAGGUGUCGUCAGUGCUAUUUGUGCCCGUGCAUUUGGUAGCCAUGAGCACGCUGGGGUCCCCCGGCUCGGGCACGGGUUUAGUAGUGGACGUGGGUCACAGUGAAACCCUCCUUAUACCCGUCUACUGCGGGGUACCAGUGCUUGCUGCCUGGCAGGCUCAGCCUUGGGCCGGGAAAGCGGUGCAACUGAGGUUACGAGAAAGUCUUGUGGAGCAUUUCAAGAAUGGUGACAGUACCACUUCACCGGAUGAUAUCCAAGAGCUAACCGAGGAGACCAUAGAAGAUAUCAAAGUGCGAGCCUGCUUCGUGACCCCGUUGGAGCGAGCGCGGAAGUUCGCCGACAAAAGCACGGAUGUUAAGGCGGCCCCUGAUGUAAGCUACAGGGUGGGAGGCAGUCGACUGAUCACCAUCCCUGGAUACAUCCGCGAGACUUGUCACGAGGUCUUCUUCGAGAGAGACAGCGAUCAGCUGUCUUUGCCUAAUAUGAUACUGGACGCCAUUGUUAAGUGUAACGUUGACAUGAGAAAGCAGUUAGCUGAAAACAUUUUCCUAAUCGGUGGAUCAAGUAUGACUCCAGGCUUCAAGUACAGGCUGAGCCAAGAGUUGAAGCAUUUGAUCGCCACUCCGUACUACGCCAAUCGGCUCAAAAUCAACAAAUUCAAGUUCCACGCAUCCAGAGUUAAGGAGAACUAUGUUGGGUGGUUGGGAGGAUCUCUAUUUGGUGCGUCUGAUCUCCUGUCUGUGCGUUCUUUGACAAGAGAAGGAUAUCUGAACAAUGCCACGGUUCCGGAUUGGUGUAAUCUCAUGUAUAACACUAAAUCAAAUGCUGGAAGUAUCAAGAAGAUUAUUUGAAAUUUCUGAAAAAUCCUGCACUGAAACUAAUAAAUAAUUAAUCAAUUCGCACAUUAAUUUUGUUAAAUCUGCAGGUAGGUUUCAAGAUUAUUUGUUUUAAAUCCAGCACUGAAAUUGAUUGUUAAUUAAUGCGGAAAUUGAAUUUUGUGAUGUAUGAAAGUAGGUUUCAAGAAAAUUAUUUGAAAAACGAACAUCAAAAUUGAUUAAAUUGAAGGUUGUAAUCAAUUUACAAUGUAAUGUCUGCUGACACUAAACUCUAUUCCUAAAUUUUACAAAACUUGGAAUCAGUAGAGGAUGAAGUAUACCUAAUUGAUUUACAUAAUAUAUUAUCUGCAAACCCAAUUCAUUGAUUGAAAAAAUAACUUGCAACUUGCUUUUUAUAUUAAUAUUCUUGUAUUAGGUAGGCUACUUUCGCCAGCUUUAUUGUAAAAUCUUGUAAUAAAUUAAUAUGAACGUUUUGAAUAACA